ACUGCAGCAGGCUAGAUUAAUUCGUCCAACGCGACGGCGCCGGGCGCCCCCGCCCUUCGUCGACGCUUCCCCGAAUCUUCGGUCCAAAACCACCUACUACUCCCCCCGAACCCCGAUCCCUCCCUCCGCCGAUUUAAGCCCGCCUCCGACCACCGCCCAGCGGAGAACCAGCCGGGAGCGAGCCGGAGACGGAGGACGGCGUAGAGACCCCCUGAUUCUUCGGGCGGUCCACAUGGCGGAGGCUCGCAAGUUCCUCAUGUCCACCCAUCCCCCAGAUAUUUCGCAGACGCUACUGGAGGCUCGCAAUCGGUGGCUGCGACCCACCGAAAUCUGCGGGAUACUCUCCAACUACAAGUCCUUCUCCAUUACGCCUGAGCCACCAAAUAGGCCUAUGAGUGGUUCUGUUUAUCUCUUUGAUCGCAAGAUAUUGAGGUACUUCAGAAAGGAUGGACACAACUGGAGGAAGAAAAAGGAUGGGAAGACUAUUAAAGAAGCUCACGAGAAACUCAAAGCUGGCAGCAUUGAUGUACUACACUGCUACUAUGCCCAUGGGGAGGAAAAUGAGAAUUUUCAAAGAAGAACCUACUGGCUGCUGGAAGAGGACUUUACACACAUUGUUCUUGUACACUACCUUGAAAUAAAGGGUGGCAAGCAAACUUACAAUCGUGUGAAAGAAGAGAUUAUGCAGGUGUCAAAUGCUGACAGCCCCUCAUGUUCAAAUUCUGUCACUAGUCAGAACCAGGUGGCUGCUGAUAGCCCAAUAAGUGUACAGAUGUCGGAGUAUGAAGAUGCUGAAUCAGCAGAUAAUUGCCGAGCAAGCUCCAGAUACUACCCUCUCACUGAGAUGCAGCAGCCUCUGGAUGGGGUGAUGAUGAAUAGGAUGCUAUACUCUUCUGCUUCAACUAUCGGCAGUAGUCAAGGUUAUCAUCGUGACAUGCUGCCAAGAACAGAAAAUUUAGAUAGCCAUUCAUUUACUCACCAUGACAUAGCUAGAAUGUUUGAUGACCGCACUGUAGUAACAGAUAUUUCCAGAACUAUGUUUGAUUCAGUGCCAUUUGAUGAGCCCUCCACUUAUUCCGCUGGGUUCACUGAGCCAACAUUUCAUUCUUCAUUUGCCUCCAUAGAGGCUAAUAAUCUGGAGGAUAACUCUUGUCUGGAGACAUUUACAUCUGAUGCUCUGUACACUAACAACCUCAGCCAGAAGGAAGCUGAUGAAUUGAGUUUUGCAGCAAUACCAUCAUCUGAGGUCAAUUUCAGUAGAUAUACUGAAGGAAGCAUCAAACAUCCACUAUUGAAGCAGUUAUCACUAGACCUAUUUAAGCCUGAGUGUGCUGGUUUGAAGAAACAUGAUAGCUUUUCAAAAUGGAUGAGUAAAGAACUUCCACAGGUGGUUGAUUUGGAUAUGAAAUCCAACUGCGAUGCUUUCUGGAGUGGCAUUGAGACUGUGAGUGUUGCUGAUGGUUCCAUUACGCCAACUGAACAGCUAGAUGCUUAUGCAGUGAGCCCUUCACUUUCUCCAAACCAGUUAUUCAGCAUUCUGGAUGUUUCACCAAGCUGCAUGUAUAUUGGUCAAAAGACAAAGGUUUCAGUUACUGGUACAUUCUUGGCAAAGAAGGAGCAUGUGGAAAACUGUAAGUGGUCGUGUAUGUUUGGGGAUGUUGAAGUACCAGCUGAGGUUUUAACAGAUGGCACCCUUCGCUGCUAUGCGCCAGCACAUCGAUCUGGUAGAGUUCCUUUCUAUGUGACCUGCUCAAACAGGGUUGCUUGUAGUGAAGUGCGAGAAUUUGAGUAUAGAGAUUCUGAUUACCAGUACAUGGAGACUUCAUACUCUCAAGCUAAUGGUGUAAAUGAAAUGCACCUGCAUAUUCGUCUUGAGAAGCUUCUUUCCUUGGGGCCAGAUGACCAGCAGCUGCUUUUCUUGAGCAGUGGGAAUGAGAAACACGAGCUAAUCAAUGCUGUUAAUUCCUUGAUGCUCGAUGAGAAAUGGUCAGACCAGGGAUCACUAUCUGAUGGGAAAGAAGUUUUGGUGACAAGGGACCAAACUUCAAAGAAAUCUGUGAAAGAGAGGCUUCACUAUUGGCUUAUCUAUAAAAUAAAUGAUGACGGAAAGGGUCCAAAUGUGCUGUGCAAGGAAGGGCAGGGUGUAAUUCAUUUGGUAGCUGCACUGGGCUAUGAUUGGGCCAUAAGACCGAUAAUUGUUGCUGGUGUCAAUGUGAACUUUAGAGAUGCUCAUGGAUGGACUGCACUUCACUGGGCUGCAUCCUGUGGAAGAGAGCGGUCAGUUGGCAUCCUUAUGGCAAAUGGAGCUGGAGCAGGUCUAUUAACAGAUCCCAAUUCUGAAUUUCCUUCUGGAAGAACUCCAGCAGACUUAGCCUCAGCAAAUGGACACAAGGGCAUUGCUGGUUUUCUUGCAGAAUCUGCUUUGACAAGCCAUCUGUCACAACUUACUAUAAGGGAAUCAAAGGAUAGCAGUGUGCAAGAAGUUUCUGGAUUACCAGUUGUUGUUAAUCUCGAUGAAACCAAUUCUUCCCAGCUUGCUGUAGAGGAUUCUCAUGCUGAAUCACUACAAGGUUCAUUAAGUGCUGUCCGUAAAUCCCAUCAAGCUGCAGCUAGGAUAUUUCAAGCAUUCAGGGUGGAGUCAUUCCACAGAAAGAAGGUUGUGGAAUAUGGAGAUGACGAUUGUGGAUUAUCUGAUGAACACACGCUUUCACUUGUUUCUCUUAAAAAUGUCAAACCGGGACAACACGAUACACAUUUGCAUUCUGCUGCAGUUCGUAUCCAAAACAAGUUCCGUGGUUGGAAGGGGAGAAGGGAGUUUAUGAUCAUUCGCCAGAGAAUUGUCAAAUUACAGGCUCAUGUACGUGGACACCAAGUGAGGAAAAACUACCGGAAAGUCGUUUGGUCAGUCGGUAUCAUGGAGAAAGUUAUCCUGAGAUGGAGGAGAAAGAGACCUGGCUUGCGUGGGAUCCGACCUGGGAAUCAGCUAGAAGGCCCAUCACAGCAGAUCCAACCUGCAAAGGCAGAAGAUGAAUACGACUUCUUGCAGGAUGGUAAGAGGCAGGCCGAAGCCAGACUGCAGAGAGCGCUUGCCCGUGUGCACUCCAUGGCUCAGUAUCCAGAAGCAAGGGAGCAGUAUCAGAGGCUCACAACUUGUGUUGCUGAAAUGCAACAGUCCAGGGUGAUGCAGGAUGAGAUGUUAAGCGAGGCAGCUGACGGUACUGAUUUCAUGGCUGGGCUGGAGGACUUGAUCCCGAGAGACGAUGCGCAGAUGUCUGUUAUCUGGUGAUAUUUUUGAAGGUAGUAGGAUCAGGUUGCUGCCUAGCUUGUAGUUCGUGGCCACACUAGCUUUGUAAAUUGUUUCUCGCUAGUGGUUUGGUUAGCUGCUCACCGUUUGACUCUGGUAUUGUGCCUAUUCGUUCUGUAACCCAGUGCACUGAUUAUUAGUAGUACUAGAACAUUUUUUGGAUUCUUUAACUCUGCCCGUGUGCUAUUAUAUAUUCUGUAACUUAGUACACUGGUUAUUAUUAUAGCAGUAGUAGAUUUUUUGUA